GGAGGCGGCGGCGGCGGCGGCAGCCGGGGCCAUCGCUCGCCCGCCGGGUUUUUCCCCCCCUUCCUGCCGGCCCGCCGUUCGCAGUCGCCCGUUAAAAAGAGGAGGCAAGAUGGCCGAGCUGGGCAGCAAAGGGGUCACCGCCGGGAAGAUCGCCAGCAACGUCCAGAAGAAGCUGACCCGGGCGCAGGAGAAGGUCCUUCAGAAGCUUGGGAAAGCAGAUGAAACAAAAGAUGAGCAGUUUGAACAGUGUGUGCAGAACUUCAACAAACAGCUGUCUGAAGGCACGAGGCUGCAGAAGGACCUCCGAACUUAUUUGGCUUCUGUAAAAGCCAUGCACGAGGCCUCCAAGAAGCUGACAGAGUGUUUGCAGGAAGUUUAUGAGCCGGAUUGGCCUGGGAGAGAUGACACAAAUAAAAUAGCAGAGAACAAUGAUCUCCUCUGGACGGAUUUCCAUCAGAAGCUGGUGGAUCAGGCACUUCUGACCAUGGAUACGUACCUUGGACAAUUUCCAGAUAUUAAAUCUCGUAUAGCGAAGCGAGGAAGGAAGCUUGUGGAUUACGACAGUGCCAGACACCACUUUGAAGCCCUGCAAACUGCAAAGAAGAAGGAUGAAACCAAAAUCGCAAAGCCUGUUUCGCUGCUUGAGAAAGCUGCGCCUCAGUGGUGUCAAGGGAAGCUACAAGCUCACCUCGUUGCGCAAACUAAUCUGCUCCGAAAUCAGGCUGAAGAAGAGUUAGUAAAGGCUCAGAAGGUGUUUGAAGAGAUGAAUGUUGAUCUGCAGGAGGAGCUGCCUUCGCUAUGGAAUAGUCGUGUUGGUUUCUACGUCAACACAUUCCAGAGUAUAGCAGGCCUAGAAGAGAACUUCCAUAAAGAAAUGAGCAAGUUGAACCAAAACCUCCAUGAUGUCCUGCUGGGUCUAGACAAGCAGUACUCAGGCAAUGCCUUCCCCGUUAAAGCACAGCCCAGUGACAGCACCCCAGCGAAAGCAAAUAAAAGCCCCUCGCCUCCACCAGAUGGAUCUCCCGUCACCAGCCCUGAGACCAAGACUGUCAACCAUGAGCUGGAACCGUCCACUUUGGAAGCACCUGGGGCAAGCAUCCCAAAGUCACCAUCUCAGUUGAGGAAAGGGCCUCCGGUGCCUCCGCCUCCAAAAGUCACCCCCUCCAAGGAGAUCAAGCAGGAGAACAUCAUCAGUCUGUUUGAUGACAAUUUUGUCCCUGAGAUAAGUGUGACAACCCCUUCGCAGUUUGAUGCCCCUGGGCCCUUCCAGGAGGGAGCCAGCCUGUUGGAUCUGGAUUUUGAUCCCAUUAAACCAGAUGCCACUGUGGGCAAGACCCCCACACCCGCCUCCCAGUCUUUACCUUGGGAUUUAUGGGAGCCUGCAGAAGCAGCCCGUGCAGGAGCUGAAGCAGCUGGAUCAGAAGCAGCAGCUGGAGCGGAAGCAUCUAAAAAUGACGCUGAUUCAGGAUCGAGUUCUCUGCCUGCUGUCGUCGUGGAAACCUUCCCUGCUACCGUCAAUGGCACUGUGGAAGGAGGCACUUCAUCUGAAAGAGCUGACAUGCCCCCGGGAUUUCUGUUCAAGGUCCAGGCCAUGCAUGAUUACACGGCCACUGACAGCGAUGAGCUGCAGCUGAAGGCUGGGGACGUGGUGCUUGUGAUUCCAUUUGAGAACCCUGAGGAGCAGGACGAAGGAUGGCUGAUGGGUGUGAAGGAGUCUGACUGGAUUCAGCAUAAGGAACUUGACCAAUGCCGAGGGGUUUUCCCAGAGAAUUUCACAGAGCGGGUGCAGUGAAAGCCCCAGCCCACCAGCUGCGUUUCUGCUGGAAGAAAGCAAGUUUUCUGAUAGAUAAUUGGAAAAGAACAGCGAAAGGAAAAGAAGAGAGAAUUUUAAAGGAACAGAAGCCUAGGAAAAAAAAUCAACUUAAAGGGUGUGUUCUUCUCAAAGGGCAAGGUUUCAGAAAUAAAUUGAAAUUUGAAGUGUUAUCAAAAUAUAUACAUAUUAACAAUAAUAAGGCAAGUCAAAUACCCUCUUCCCCCCUUUGGUUUUAACAGUAUUUGGAUUCAGAGGACUGAUGCAGAAGCAAGUCAGUGUGGUUCCCUAAAUACUGCAUUGACAGAAUCGGUGAGAUGUCAGUCUGAUCCCUGGAAAGGCAGUAUUUGUCUAACAGCUUGAGAGUAGAAGCUGCAUUUGCUUUUGGGUGGGUUAAUCUGUUUUGUCUUGAAGGUGGCUUGCAUGGCAACCGUAAAAAAUCAGCCUUCCCUACAUGUUCAACCUACAGUAGGCCAAACUUUCUGUUAUGCUAUUGAAAAAAAUAUUUAGCGUAUAGUGUUCACCAAUACAAUGUAUGUGUGUGUGUGUAUUUUAUUUUCUUCCUUUAAAACAAUGUUACACAAACUGUGAUUUUGUACGUGUAAAGAUAGAAGAAACUACAUGGAAAGGGCAUAGAAAAGAUGAAAUAUGUGAAGCUGCACUCAGUCCAAAGUUCUUUUGAAUGCAGACACCUAAAUUCUUGCAGUAGUAUUGGCCUGUGAAAUGCUAAGGGGAGUGGACAAAUUCAAGAGGAGAAACAAGACAAAACAAUCAGAUGCCAUUUGAAUGGCUCUGCAGGAGAAAGAAUCCUCUGCCCCCAAAACCCUGUAGGUGGUUUCAGAAAAGCUUAGAGUCAUGUAGAUGGAAGAUAGCUCUAAAAUCUGAUAUGUUAGAAAAUUUGCUUCUGAAGAAAGUUGUAAGGGAAGAAAUUUUUUUUCUGAAAGAAUGUCUAAAAAAACACUGAGUAAAAAAACAAUUUGCUUUCUGUGUUUUUAAUUGGCAUUGUUAUUUGUGGAAUUGUAUUUCUUAUUUUCCUUUGAAGACUUCUGUAACUGAAAUAUUGUUAGAUCAGCUUUAUCCAGUGCUGUGCUGGUGAUCAAGUUAACCUCUAUGAAAACUGGACUCUUGAAAUACUCAUUUGAAAUGGCUGCAUGACUUUGUGAUAUUUAAAUGCAUUAGAAAGGAAAGCAAGAAUAUCAAAGUGUCAGUGUCAAGAAGACACUCUGCAGUCUAAUUCUGAUGCUGAGACCUCUCCUAUACCUUCCCUUUGCUCCUGUUUGGUUUUGAGGUUUUUUUUUUUUAGUUUAAACAAGCAGGUGACAAGGCAGUCUCAAAGUGCAUAUUACACUUGAUAAAAUAAGCUGGUCUGACCCUCCAAGACUCUAAAGUUCCAGAAAGGUACUUUAAACUUUUACUUGAAUACUGAUGCAACUGGCAAGCAGGUCAGGCUACUGCAAUUUUUUUAUGGCUUUCCCCUCCCAUCUCACCGAGAUUUUUUUGCCUUCAAGGGAUUUUUAGCAGUGAGGUUCCCUCCUGGUGUAAAGGGACAGGAUCACUCUCUGAAAUAAUCUUCUUAAUUGUUAGGAGCUGGCUUUUGUCAAAGAUGCAUGGAAUGCUGACAUACACUACUGAAAAUCCCACUUUUUCCAGUCUGAUUAUUUGUAGGACAACAGAAAAACACUGUAGGGCAAAUGUGGAUUUUUUUUUUUUUUUUUUUUAAUCUUUUAGUUCAGAGGGACAGAUCUAAUUUUGAUUAGAAAAUAUAUUCUUAUAAAUGCAAGAAUUACUGGAGUUCCUCCUGUUUUCAGUGUGGGAGAUGAUCUGUGCUAGUUAUUUACAGUGAUGCAACAAGCAUCAAAAUCUGUCCUAUGUACCCAAAUCCUUUUUUUUUUUUUUUUUUUUUUUUUUAAAUAAACAUGCAGGAAUUGAUGUUUUAUAUCACUCUUACAAAACCAAAUAGUAUUUAGGAAUAACUGCUCCCAAUACAGAAGGACUGGACUCCACAAGUUAUAGUAUGGUGAGCCGUUGCUUUAGAACACUGUCUGCUUUGAUUUUUUUUUUUUCUUUCUUUUUCAUGGGGUUGUGUUUAUUAUUACUCUUUUUUUUUCCAAAAUAUCUAUUUUUAUGCAUUUGUGACUCCCAUUUCUCCUUUAAAGAAUAUUCAUAGAAAAAAUAUACAUUUAAUUAUACAUAGAAAUAUAUAUAUUAAAAAGCAGGUUGAUCUAAUUAACAUAAUGCUGUCAGCUUAAAAUGUUUAUUUUUAUGCGAAACCUGUGGAUUAUUGUUUUUUUUUAUUAUUAUUUUAAAAAGACAAUAUUCUAAGUACAAGAGCUGUGAUUUUUUUGUCUUGCAAGCAAUUGUUCUAGAGCAUUUAGAAAGCUGUGCUGAUACCUAAUUUAUUGUGGGUUUUUUUGCUGUUGUUGACAAUUGUCUUCUGCUGUGUUUGAACCAGAUGACUGUCCCAACAAAGAUCUUCAUAAGGCCUUUUCAUUUUAUCGAGCUUGCAAAGCAACUAUCCAGUACUGUAUUGUCCCUGCAGAAGUGGUAACACUCUGCAAGAAAGGGAUGUUGUUUUCAGGUCAUGUGAGUGAUGCUCAAAUAUUGCUAGUGGGGAGGAUAUUGUGUGUCUCCAUUUGCUUCCCCCAACCCAAAAAUCCCAACCCCCAAACCCCCUGGCUUAGAGCAGUUAGGAUGGGUUACCUGUGUCUUGCAUUGCUCGCAAAUACGUGGUGUCAGCACAUCUCAGUUAGGUUCUUUCUGAAAAUGCAGGAUUGGACCCACAGUUUAUAAAUUGCCUUAUAUAUAUAUAUGAGUGGGAUGCCACAGCAUGAAGCUUGUAGAUGGCAGUAUUUUUUGGAGCCAGAAGAUCUCUUAUCUCCUGGGUCAUGCUCAGCUCAUUGUUAAGUCACAACUUCUCCCAUUUUCAGUAUUUUUACAUCUGCUAAAGUACCUUGAUUCUGGUCGGUAUUACCUGGUGAAAUGAACUUUCAUUUUCUUCAGUUUAGGACUGAUUCAAAUAGAAAGAGGGACAAUAAACUCCCAAGUAGGCUGUGCCCACAAUGGUUUUUCAGUUUGCAGGCUGAAUUGAAAAAUCUGGGGAGAAGAGUUGUAAGGGUGUCCUGAGACUUUUUUUUUUUUUUUUUUUUUAAUUUUCUCAGUGGAAUUAAAAAGGAAAAAACAAAUCAUUAAAAAAAAAAAAAUCAAACCAAAAUGAAAUAUUCAUUUGUAGAAUUGCUUUUGCACUUUUUGAAAAACGUUAUGACUUGGGCUAUAACAAUUUGCUUUGGAGCAAAAAUGUGAAACCUUCUGUUUUGAAAAUGCUGAAAGAAAAUGUUCUAAUGUUAAUGGUCAUUUUACCCUUGCCUUUUUUUCUUAAUCUGAUGACUGGUUUUAGUUAACUCUAAACUGCAUUUUUUGGUGAAUACAUUAUCCACUGAAGAGAAUCCAAAGAAGCUUAUUGCUCAGUUCUGCUCCACUGACAGGUAUGCUGGACACAUUUCAGGGAUUUCCUGGUAUCUGGCCCAGCAAAGCUUCUGUUUCCCCAUCUAAUAAUCUUCUACUUGAUUGUUUUACUGGGUGAACAAUAAAAGUGUCUCUGAUCUUAUGCCAUUGACUGGUUUUGUAGCCUGGCUUAGAAAGACAUUCUUGCUCUAUCAGUCUCAUUUUGGUCACAGAUUUAUGAGUAUAGAGUUAUGAUGCUACUCUUGUUUGAGCCUAAUCCCAUUGUGCAGUGGGAAUUAUCAUUUGCCCAACUGGUAAGAACAAAAUAAGGCAUUGAUUUCCUACCUUUUUCUAUCUUAGCAAUGUCAGUAGUAUAUCUUUAUUACAGAGAAUUAGAGAAAGGCUCCAGGGGAAAGAUGAAUGUGUUGUUCCAGGCGAGACUCCUGCAUACUCUGUGCUAUUUUCUAUGGGCAUUCCUCAACUGUCUGCUUUUACCACCUUUGCAUUUCUUGGCUGUGAAGAUGAUGCAGUAAAAGGGAUUGUGCAGGCUUCAUUCCAGCUGCUCAGAGCUAGUCCUGCUUUGUGAUCUGUUUGCCACAGUCCUUGAGGCUUUGUUCACAGUUGCAGAACCCUUUCCUGUCCCAGUAUCCAAAGACUGUGGCCAAGGCAAACACCUCCAAGUCAAAGGGGUUUCUCUCUCUUAUGACCUGGAGCAGGUGUGAGGGGUCCGUGUUCUGCCUGGGAUUGGGAUGUCAGUUCAGUUAAAUUUUGCAACAGCCUCUUGAAGGGAAAAGACCCAAGGCUAGGGGGAUACUGGGGGAGGAUGGAGGGAUGAUACGUUAUUUUUUUCAUUUUGGGUUGAUGUGCUGACUGCCUCACCACUUGGUGCCAGGGAGAUCCAAAACCUCUUUAAUUAGGGCUGAGAACAAAAUGUGAGUGGUCAAGAUGUGCAUGGUUGAUGUGAUAACAGGUGUGUCUCUCCUGCAAAUGACACUUGAGUUCAGAGUUUCCUCUUUCCUACUCUGUACCAGACAGAUUGAAUGCUCUUUGCCGCUACUGUAAGGUGUUUUAGAUGCUGUGUAGUCCAGACCCCAAAACAGUGAAUAUCCUUUGCUGGAGGACGCAGAGGUGUCUCUCAGCCCUUUCUAGGAGAAAUAUUGAUCUUCCACAGACAAGGCCAGUGUGCCUCUAACACAGUAGCCUCUGAUUUCAGUAGCCUCUGUGUCUUUCAGCAUCUGGUCCCACUCUCCGUCUACUUCUGCUUCCCAGCCUCUCCCAUGUCUUUGAGGAUGACGGUAACAUAGGGCACUUCCCACCAGCAUAAAGUGCAAAGCUAGAAGAUGCACAAACAUGUCCACCAGCAAAUCCUACAUAAUGCAGCUUGAUAAUGCUGAUAUGAGGAAAAUAAGCAACAGCUUUUCUUCUCUGGGCUGCCAAAGGGAAACUAUUCCUUGCUAUGCAGUUACCAUGACACCCAGCACCGAUGCAGACACCUCUGCUUGCAUAUUCUGGUUUGGACGCUUCUGAGUAGCAAAUUCUUGUCAGAAGGGGGUCCUGGGUGGUGCCCAGAGCUAGAUUUACCACCUGGCGAGGACUGGGGUCUGCAGGUGAUGCAUAUGGGGGCUGAGAAUUAGAAGGCCAUUUCAGAAAUUUUGUUAUGAAACUAAGUGGAGAAGCUACAGCAGUGAAGGCUGGUCUGUACGAACUUGUACUUUGUGUUUUAUGGCUACAACUCCUUCACCUGUUUUUACAGCAUAUUCUGCUAAUCCUGUCCCUCGUCCGCAUUUCAUGUAGAUGGUCCCUACUUGAAACUUGCCAGAUGCAGUUUUGGGCUUAUUGCUUCUCUUUAACUGAAUCAAAUGGCAACGACUUUGGCAAUGUAUUGGCAAUCUCUGUUCCUCUUGUUAAUUCAGUCUGAGUUUAACCACAGUGAUCUGAGAAAUGUUUGGAUUUUGAGUGUUUUUUUAAUUAUUUUAACUUUUGUUUUGUUUAAACAAAGCUGAACAAUUCCCAUUGUAUUCAGAGCUGUGAUGCCCAGUUCCAGUGACAAUUACUAGAUGGAUUUGUCCCAUUUUGUUUCUUGGCGAUGUUCAGAAAUAUAAUUUGUGUCAUCCUAAA